AUGGCCCACCACUACCCUGCCCACACCCAGAAUCAGGCUUACCAGUCAUACCCCGCCCCCGCCGCUUAUGGAUACUCCGCCCCCGGAUACUACCCAGGAUACCAGCCUCGCCCUGGUGGCGGCUACGCGUUCGACGGUGCCGUGGGGGGCACGUCUGCACAACCCCAGGUCGGGCCACACUCCGCGCCUGAACUGCCCGGCGUAACACCGCAGCUCGCAUCGCACGUAAUGGAACGUCUUGUCUCUUCGGAGCUCCGGGAUGCCGGUUUUGAGUCCGCGGAGGCCGGCGCGUUAAGAAGGCUUGAGCGCGAAGUGGCGGAAUUCGUGCAGGAAUUAUAUGAACGCGCGCACGACUAUGCGAACCUCGCACACCGAGCGAACCCAAUAGCGACAGACGUCUUCGCCGCGGCUAAUGACUACGGCAUGGAAUCCAGUGCAAUGCUCCAUUUCAGCAAGAAAUCUCGCAAGCAUAAGAAGGAUCCUUCGAAGGAACCUUUGCUUUUACUUCCACCACCGUCGCGUUCACCGUCCCCCGAGCUGCUCAGUUCUGAUGAUGAGAACGCCCCGCCUGCUAUUCCCAUGACAUUGCGCCCCCUUCCGCACUACGUGCCACCUCUCCCUCCAAAGCAUACGUAUCUUCGCACACCGAUUUCUCCCCCGAAGAAGGCUGCACUGCCUUCACUAGAGAAGAAGCUUAAGAACGCGGCGCUCGUACAAGACUCCCUGAAAAAUCUGCUUCUAGCUACUGAGGACAACACCCAGGAAGACGCGGAACUGCUGGGUGCUACCGUGAACUGGGAGGCUACGACGCACCCUCGGAAGCGUUGGAAGCUGUCAUAG